AUGAUAUCGAAUAUUUAUUUGUCUGAUGAUAUUCUUUCAACAAAUCAAUGUUUCAUUUGUCAAAAAGAAUUUUCAUUUGGUGAAUUAAUUCUUCGUCAUUAUGAUAUUGAAGCAAAGAAAUAUAAUUAUUAUCAUCCAACAUGUUUACAAUGUAUAAAAUGUCAGAGAAAAUUAUUAAAAGAUAAUAAAAAAUUUUUAAAUUUAAUUAAUUAUUGUGGAAAUAUUCGUUAUGAUCAAGUUUUAUGUGACCAAUGUAAAAAAUCAGUUAUUUUAAUACAUGAAAAAUUACAAGAAAAUUUUAAAAUAGAAAAAAAGAAUAAAUCCAAUUUUCACAAAUCAUUUGAUAAAGUUAAUAUACAUAAUUAUGGUCAAUUAUUAUCUGAACGACUAAAACAACAUUAUAAAUUUGAACAACAACAAAAUGAUUUAACUAUUGAUGAUGAAAACUAUCAUGGAUUGUGCUAUGAUGAACAUGUUAUUGAUAUUAGAAAACCAAAUGAUUGUAAAAAAACAGAUUUAAAUUCAUCAUUAACAUGUUGUAGAAAAGAUUGGAAUGGUAUUCAUGAAAUAAAUCUUAAACAAUGUUCACGUUGUCAUAAAACUUUUACACGUUUUGAUAUAUAUCAAACAAAUAAUCAUAUUGAUUUUUAUUGUAAUAUAUGUUGGAUAUAUCAAAAAGAAUUUAUAAUUAAAAAUCAAACACAAUCUUCAUUUAUACGAUGUAAUCUAUGUGGAAAAUUUCUGUUAGAUCAACUCACAGAUGAUAUUAUUUCUAUGAAUUUUGUUCAUCCAGAAUGUUUAGAAAAACAUUUAAAUGAUUUAUAA